UCUGUGCUGCGUGCAGAGGCUCUGCAGAAGCGGAAGUGCAACCGACGAGCCCGCCGAGCAUCGGAUCAACGCUCGCGGACGGCGAGGAGCAAAAGCCGAGCCCGAGCUGGUGGAGGGUCAGGGUCCCUCGGGCCCGGAGGAUGGAAUGCUCGCUAUGCCCGUCAGCCCGAGCCCCGCGUCCACCUCGUCGCAGGAGGACGCCUGCAAACCGCCGCCGCGCAACUGCUACCGUCUCGUCAUGCUCGGCAGUGCCCGGGUCGGAAAGACCGCCAUUGUAGCACGAUUUCUGUUCAACAAAUUCGAGGAGAGUUACACGCCGACGAUAGAAGACUUUCACAGGAAACUCUACAGGAUCAGAGGCGAGGUUCAUCAGCUUGAUCUCCUAGAUACAAGCGGUAACCAUCCGUUUCCGGCGAUGCGACGAUUGUCCUUCCUGACGGGGGACCUCUUCGUCGUGGUGUUCAGCAUGGACUGUCGAGAGUCCUUCGAGGAGGCCAUCAGGCUGAGAGAGGCGAUUCUCGAGACUAAGGUGAGCGCGACCCAAAGUGCCACGAAGAGCAGGAGGGCUCACUACAGUCUGAAGGUCCCUAUGGUCAUCGUGGGGAACAAAUGUGAUAAAGAUGUAAAAACGGUCACGGUGGAGGAGGCCGAGCAAUACUGCGUGAGCCAGGACGAGUGCUGCAUUUUCGUGGAGGCCUCCGCGAAGCGGAACUAUCACGUGGACGAACUUUUUUAUCAGCUAUUCGUAGUGGCCGGUCUACCGCUCGAGAUGGCUCCGAAUCAUCAUAGAAAAGUACCGCUCACCUUUGGCUCGCCGACAAUGUUACCGCCGUCGCAGCCGCGACACAAAGCCACCCUCAGUAUAAAGCGCCGGCUGAGCGACGCUUGCGGCGUCGUGGCGCCGAACGUGCGCCGUCCCAGCAUAAGGACGGACCUGAUGAUCAUGCGGACGAAGACGUGCUCGCUCGCGGCCGGGAACGAGAACAAUACGCCAGGAUCCAGGAUCACGCUUAGAACGGGAAGAACGGAGUCCAGGAAGGCCUGCUCGAUACAGUGAUACAUUGCAAACUGAUUCUCACACGCGCACGCGGACAAAAAUCUCUGGAAAUAUGAUAACGCGUUUGAGUGCGAUCUUCGGAAACGAGUGUUAUUGUUUGUCAUCAUAACACACAUUCGUAGCUUUGAUUGUUGCAAUUUUACUGUACGAUCGCACGAGGUAUUUUUAUACGAUCGUAUUCUCCGCUGAUAUUAAAUUGUUACUUAUAAUUGAUAUGUUCGCUAUCGCUUAUUUAAAAUCUUUAAUAAAGUUAUUUCUUUUUAUACUACAUAAUAUGUAGCGUCUUCAGCGAGACGAGAAAAAUAGGGAUAACUAAAUUUGUCCAAACGGAAACCUUACACCUACUGUAAAUAGUGUGAAUCACGCGGUCGAAACUUCCAGGUUUACAAUUGUCAGACUUCACCGCGAAGACGGAGCGAAGCGAGUAACUCGCGAACGAAGAUCGCCAAGGGGAAAUCAUAUUUAAACCGACCACGCUACUCGCCUUAAUUAAUUAAUGGAAUAUAGCUUUAGCGUAAUGUCCCGAAGGUAACAUGUAUAAUUAACUUAAGAUGCGACCGAGCGAGAGAAAGAGAGAGAGAGAGAGGGAGAGAGAAUGUAUGUGUGUGUAUGAGAGAGAGAGAGAAAGAGAGAGAGGUAAGCCGUUACGUUAAUUAAUCGUUGUCGAUCAAACGUUAAACGGGAAAUCGAUACCUCGACUAAACACGAGGGCGGAGAUCGUUUGACAUUCGAUCAAAGGGGGAAAGGGGGGCUCUCCGGUAGCAGCGAGAGCGAUGCUAAUCGCACGAGAACGGCAGCGUUCAUGUAAUUCCUCUUGUAACAAAUUUUUAUCGAAAUUGUCAACAAAGGAAUCCUCGGCGGGGGAGUACAUAGAUCGAUUUGCGUGUGAUCGGUGAGCGAGAGAGAGGUCGAGAGUCAAGUCAGCGUUGUAUCUGGUGUAAUGAGAGAGAGAGAGAGAGAGAGAUUGCGUAACGCGCGGUGAGAAAGCUUUUUACCGGAUUAGUUAACUGCGCCCAUCGUAGCCUUAUACUCCGAGCUCCGCGGGACUCAUCACGCGAAGGAGCGACGUUUAUACUUCCGCACGAGAUCUAGAGCGUUGUAAUUCCAUUAAUAGCACUCGACUCCGAAGGAACGAAUAUAUUUGAGACCGCGCGGUAUAAUGCGCCGUUCCUUCCCGCGCGCAUACAUGAAUGUAUUAUAUCGACCUUCGUUAUAUAUAUAUACAGGAUAUAUAAAUAGCCCGCAAAUUGAUAUCAUUACUUUCACGGCACAUCUCUCGCCGUCCAAUUCGCCCGGUUUGCUCCGGUUUGCCGCUUUCGACGCGCGCGACCGACGAGGAGACCGCAUUGUUAACGGCGCGGGGACUCGCACGUUAUACGGCACCGCAUGCGUGCGCGAAAUCAAUUAUCGAUAUUUCCGGAUAUCUCGGCCUCCUUUUCCACGCACCAUCUCGAAACUUGUUGAAAUGCAUCGCGGCGGGCGCGCGCAAAAUUAUCGUGCGUUUAUCGGAUUGCGUAUAUGCAUGCAAUUUGCCAAUGUAUAAUCAGGUUAAAAAGAAAAUAUAAUGUACAUAUAGAUUUUAAUUCGAAAGUUCCCGCGUGUCCGCAAUGUUAACGAUUUAUUUCCUCACGCAGUUUUAGCUUUUCUUCUGUGAAAUUACGUGAUAAACACGGAGUGAGUAUAACAUUGAUUCCGAUUAAGCAGAAGCUUUUCUCAAGCGAGUGAGAUCUUGUUGAAAUCUUGUAAAAUUUAUCCGCCUGCGGUUUUACAGAGAUAGGGUAAUUACGGUAAAAUAUACGCCGCACCUAUUAAAAACUUAAUUUAUCAGGUUAGUUAAUUAUUAUUAAUUAUGGUAAUUAAGGUAAAUGAACUAUAUAUCAGUAAAAACUUUAGACUGUCUACUACUGAAUGAAAAAAAAUAUUAGGAAUUCAAAAUAUUUAUUUUUUAUAUUAAAAGAAAUAAAUUCUUUAAACCCAUGCAUUUUUGUCGUAUAAAAAUAUGGGUGGGUUGUAGGGCUACACUCACGGGUGAAAUGAAUGACUCAAAAAAUAUACAAAUAAUCUGAGCACUUGUAUUUUGCUAUACUCUAUCCUUUACAAUUCCUCUACACUUAUGCACCACAAAAUAAUUACGAAGCCUUUUAUAUUUCCUACAAUAAAUAAUCAUUUUAUGUAUAGGUUAUAAUUUAUGGUUACGCGCGCUUAUUAUAGUGAUAAAUCGAUUUAAUAUACAAUAAUUUUAUAAAUAUUAACAGUAAAAAACUCUGAAAUCAUAACACAAUACUAAUAUAACAUAAAGGUAUGUAACAGAGUGGUUGCGAGAAAAUUACUUUCACUUCUUCCAUUUUUUCCUGACUUCUGCGGCAUAAAUCCCCGCGCGGCGUAUAUAUAUCGGAGUUACCCUAUACUUUUUCUUAUUGUUACACGACUCAUCCGGACGAUAAAAUAUAGGCACGUAGAUCUCUCUGUGCGUGUAUGUGUGUAUGCGUGUGAGUAUUCGAGAUGUGGACAGGCAUUCUUUCUCUUCCCGUAGACUCGGCUAUAGCUUACUCUCUAAGGUACAAUCGAUUUGACCAAUUAGGCAGCCCGUAAAGCCGACUCCGAAAGCCGAAAACAAGCGCGCAGCUUCGUUCGGCGGAGCGUGCGUAUGUAUAUCGUUGCGAUCGAGUGGUAAAGAUAAGCAAAAAAAACAAAAAAAAAAAAGGAAAAACAGAAAUGGUUAGUUACGACAUGCGCAAUCAUGUUCGCAUUUUGUAUCGAAUAAAUGACAUUUUCUCCACAC